CGCUCUGCCAUGAGGGGUGCCCGGAGAGAGGGGAGCGCUCUGCCAUGAGGGAUGCGCCCGGAGAGAGGGCAGAGCUCUGCCCUGAGGGAUGCCCGAGCUGGUCUCUCUGGGCCUGCGAACGAGACCAGCAGUGUGGAGGCGGGAUGUGCUGCGCCGUCAGCCUCUGGAUCCGCAGCCUGAGGAUGUGCACCCCGAUGGGAAACCUGGGAGAUGAGUGCCACCCCUUGAGUCACAGAGUGCCCUUCUCGGGGCGGCGGACACACCACAGCUGCCCGUGCCUGCCGGGCCUGGCCUGCCUACGGACUGCGCACAGCAGAUUCAGGUGUUUACCCGCCUUCAGGAAAGAAGACGUCUUUUUUUAGCAGGGACUCUUUCUGCGCUGCAAAGAGCCGCUCAGUGUUUUCGUUCUCUCGUUGUUGUGACGGAAUAAAAAGGGUACUUGCCAGGGGAAACCCUUCACCACACUUUCCUGCCUCACCAACAUCAGCUGGAGAUGAGACGCUGCUGUUGUGGCCGAGGUUUUCAGGAGGGACCCGCGGUGGAAGAUGCUUUUGUUUCGGGGUAGCCAAACAACAUCUGCUAGAGCAGGGGCUUGACCAUUCCCGAAUCAUUGUGUGGGCUCCAUGGUUCCAGUUUAACCCCAGAAUGAAAAAAAUCCAAGUUUGUAGCCGGUUUUGGAAAAAAUUGGCCACAUCUUUACACUUCGGAAUACCUGAAUUGAACUGAGAGCUGGGUAACUGCAUAGUGUGAAGCAUAUGAGAAUUGCCAAAAGAGCUGUAUUUACAUUGCAUUUUGUAUCUUUAUUAAUAUAAUUUUAUUUAAGUUAGGCGCACCUCUAGGGUAAAGGUUUAACCAGUAGAUUUAUACUUUUAAAAAGAGGCAGGUGGAACCAAAGCAUUUCAGUACUCAGAGCAUUAAAAGAUUUUCUUAUUUUAGCAUUCUAAGAUGAGAAGUUGUUGUUACUUGAAUUGGUGUAAAACUACCUGAUCAUCUCAAACUAUGUGUUAAGAUGUAGUUUAUAUUAAAGAAAAAAGGAACCCUGAAGUUUAUUGUAAUAGGCUGCCUGACUUCUUGUAUAUGUAUCAAAUUUGCUGUGCAAAAAAUUCUGUAUCAGAAUGGCAGUGUACGAUUUGAUUUAUUUUAAUAUUAUAACAUUAUUUUGUCA